AUAAAACAAUAUUCAAAAAAAUGGCAAGUUUGUAAAGGACUACAAUCAGAACAAAUAUCUUUAUAUAUAAAACAUACUCCAGCACAAUUUGGUGGUUCUAGACAUAUUGAAAUUAUAGCACGUGAAUUAUUUCCAAAAUUUCACAAUACAAAAUUUUCUCGAAAAAGUUUAAAUGAUAAAAAAAAGAGAAAAUUAAAUAGAACUUUAUAUGCUGAAUCAAUAUGGCAAAUCGACAGAGCAAGUGAUUUAAUUUGUUCAAAAAUAUGUACUGGUUAUACUGAGUGUAGCAAUAUUUGUAAAAAAUGUUGUUAUAUAAGAUCUGAUAAACGACUAUGUACAAAUAUUGCUAAAAAGAUUCCAUUAUCAGAAAAUAUAAA